AUGUCUUGCAUGAUGCUGGCGACGCUGGGUUACUUGUCGCCGCCGCAGCCGACCUUCCGAUCCCACCGAUCGCCUCCGCCGCUCCUCUCCGGCGCCACCACCAGCGAGUAUGAUGUCGUCGUGAUCGGUGCCGGAGUGGGCGGUCUCUCGGCGGCGGCCGUGUGCGCUGCGUCAGGCCUCAAGGUGUGCGUCUGCGAAUCGCAUGACGCACCCGGCGGCGCGGCUCACAGCUGGACGACCAAGGGCUUCACCUUCGAGUCGGGGCCGUCGCUGUACGCCGGGCUGUCGCCGGACCGCUCGCCAAACCCGCUCAAGCACGUCUACCAGAUCAUCGGUGAGGAGCCCGAGUGGCUCACGUACGACCGAUGGGGUACGUAUCUGCCCGAGGGCGACCUGCUGCACGACGCGGUGGGCGCGGCCGACUUUUACGAGAAGCUCAAGGCGUGCGGCGGGCCGGACGCUGCGGAGCAAUGGGAGAGGCUCAUGGCGCGAGUCACGCCGCUGGGUGAGGCGAUCUUCCAGCUGCCGUCGGCGGCCGUGCGUGCCGACCUGGGCGCGGCGAUCACGAUGGGCAAGUACGCGGGCGCGCUCGCGGGCGUGGUGCUCAAAGGCGGCGGCGACAAGCUGAACGCGCCCUUUGCGACUUUGUUGGAGGAGGAGCGGAUCACCGACCCGUUCAUCCGCAACUGGCUCGACAUGAUCUGCUUCCUGCUGCAGGAGAGAGACUCGAGCGUCUGCCUCGACUUCCCGGUGGGCGGCACCGAGAGCAUCAUCGGCGCCCUCGUGCGCGGCGUGACCAAGCACCGAGGCUGCGAGCUGAUGCUCAACACGCACGUGGACGAGCUGCUGUUUGGCGAGGGCGGCGGCAGGUGCACCGGCGUGCGGCUCAAGGGCGGCAGGACGCUGCGCGCGACCAAGGCGGUCGUCUCGAACGCAGACUUGUGGACGACGCGCAAGCUGGUGGGCGAGGCAGCAGCGCCGGCGCUGGCGGCGGAGCUGGACCAGCGCAUCGGCAGGCUGGAGCGGUGCGAGUCCUUUUUGCACUUGCACGUCGGCCUCGAGGCGAGCGGACUGCCCACUUCGCCGAGCGAGACCUUCCCCGCGCAGUGGGCGGUGGUCAGCGAUUGGGAGGCGGGUGUCGACGCUCCGCGCAACAUGGUCCUUGUCUCGCUUCCGUCGCUGCUCGACCCGUCCCUCGCGCCGGAGGGGCACCACGUGCUGCAUGCAUACGUGCCUGCGACGGAGCCGUACAGCGAGUGGGGGGGGCUGAACCGGAACAGCGCCGAGUACAGGGCCAAGAAGGCCGAGGCGGCGGAGGUGCUGUGGAGGGCGGUGGAGCGGCAGAUCCCCGACGUGCGGGAGCGCGCGACCGUGACGAUGGUCGGCACGCCGCUCACGCACGAGCGCUUCCUGCGACGCGACGCGGGCACCUACGGCCCCUUCCUACGCGCGACCGACGGCCAGCUGCCCGGCCCAAAGUUUAGCGCGUGCGACGGGCUGCUCUGCUGCGGCGACUCGACCUUUCCGGGCAUCGGCAUGCCCGCAGUCGCGGCGUCGGGCAUGCUCGCCGCGCACUCAAUCCUGUCGGUGCGGCAGCACCUGCAGAAUCUGGACACGCUGAAGCUGCCGCCGAAGUAG